AAGAUGGCGGCGCCCAUGACCACUCCGAAGUUUUGGAAACCAGGCACUGAGGGUCCUGGUCUGGGUAUAUCCGAAGAAAGAAUUAGUUCUGCAGAAGCAAGUGGAACUGCAGUGAUUCACAAUCGAUAUGCUUCCCUCUCCAUAGAGCAGCAGAGGCAAAAGCUGCCAAUCUUUAAGCACAGAAAUCAUGUUCUUUACUUGGUCGAGAACUAUCAGACGCUGGUGAUAGUCGGUGAAACAGGCUGUGGAAAGAGCACUCAGAUCCCUCAGUACUUAUUAGAAGCUGGUUGGACAGCGGAAGGCCGAGUGAUUGGUGUGACACAACCUCGUAGAGUGGCUGCAGUUUCGGUGGCGGGACGGGUGGCAGAGGAGCGAGGUGCAAUGUUGGGUCACGAGGUCGGAUAUUGCAUCCGUUUUGAUGACUGCACAGAUUCCCAAGCCACCAGAAUAAAGUUCCUUACAGAUGGGAUGCUCGUCAGGGAAAUGAUGGCUGACCCUUUAUUGAAGAAAUACAGUGUUCUUCUCCUCGACGAGGCCCAUGAAAGAACUCUGUACACCGAUGUGGCCAUUGGUUUACUAAGAAAGAUUCAGAAGAAAAGAGGCGAUUUACGACUGAUUGUAUCUUCUGCUACACUGGAUGCCGAGAAAUUUCGAAAUUUCUUCAAUCUGAAUGAGACCAAGGACCCCAGUAAGGACACAUGUGGUAUCCUCACCGUCGAGGGCCGGAUGUUUCCUGUUGAUAUUUUUUAUACAUUAAGCCCAGUUCCUGAUUAUCUGAAAGCCACAGUUGACACGGUUACAAAGAUCCACCAGAAUGAGGCCGAUGGGGAUAUCUUGGCGUUUCUAACAGGACAGGAGGAAGUGGAGAUGGUGGUUUCCAUGGUGAUCGAGCAAGCCCGUGCUCUUUCCCGCAGUGGGAUGAAAAAGCACCUCCGUGUUCUUCCUAUGUAUGCAGGGUUGCCUUCCAGUGAACAGAUGAAAGUCUUUGAAAGAAUGUCCCCGAACUGCAGGAAGAUAGUGGUGGCCACGAACAUAGCAGAAACCUCGAUCACUAUCAGCGGGAUUGUUUUUGUCAUUGACUGUGGCUUUGUGAAGCUGAGAGCCUACAAUCCCAGGACAGGUAUCGAGUCUCUUGUGGUAACUCCUGUAUCCCAGGCAUCUGCAACCCAGCGAGCGGGUCGUGCAGGUCGAAACCGCUCGGGGAAGUGCUACAGAUUGUGCACAGAAGAAACAUUUGAGAAGCUUCCGGAAUCCACAGUGCCAGAGAUGCAACGCAGUAAUCUUGCCCCAGUCGUACUUCAGCUGAAAGCACUGGGCAUUGACAAUGUGCUGAGGUUUAAUUUUCUGUCUCCUCCUCCAGCCCAGUCAAUGGUUCAGGCUCUGGAACUGCUCUAUGCGCUCGGAGGUUUGAAUGAUCAGUGCUUCCUCACUGACCCCCUUGGUCUACGCAUGGCUGAAUUUCCUCUAAAUCCAAUGUUUGCUAAAAUGCUGCUGGAAUCAGGGAAUUUUGGGUGUUCGCAGGAGAUCUUGAGCAUAGCGGCCAUGAUGCAGAUACAGAAUGUGUUUGUGGUACCCCCAAACCAGAAAAGUGCUGCGGCAAGAGAACACAGGAAGUUUGCUGUUGCUGAGGGUGAUCAUCUCACAAUGCUCAACAUCUAUGAGGCCUUCAUUAAGCACAAUAAGAACUCGCAGUGGUGUCAGAAACACUUCUUAAAUUACAGAGGACUUGUCAGAGCCACAACAGUCCGGGAACAACUGAAAAAAUUACUGUCAAAGUUCAGAGUGCCAAAGAAGUCAAGCGAAGGUGACCCAGACCCCAUCCUCCGAUGUAUUGUUUUGGGCUUCUUUGCGAAUGCAGCAAAGUUUCAUUACAGUGGAUUCUACAGGACCAUUCGAGAUGAUUAUGAGCUCCACAUUCAUCCAACAUCGGUGCUAUAUGGGGAAAAGGAGCCACAGUGGGUUGUAUACAAUGAGAUCAUCCAGACGUCCAAGUACUUCAUGAGGGAUGUGACUGCAAUCGAGUCUUCAUGGUUGAUAGAGCUUGCCCCACACUUCUACCAGCAGAAAACCUCCAUUUCACAGAUGGCAAAGAAAUCUCGGAUUACCUGAUGUUUUGGUCUGCAAUUCCACUCACGCCUGCAAGUGACAAGCUACACGCAAAGCCAGAUUGUAUUCUUUUCCCCCAUCUGUGAAUGAACUUUGAUGCCACCCAUGUCAUCAGUUUAUUUAUUGGGUAAACUUAGAAAGCCAAGAUCACACUGGAAUGCCUAAAACCACAGGGCCAGAUCGCUGGCAGCACAGCUUUGGAAAGCGAGGAGUUCAGUUGUACGUAAGCUUUAUUCACUGGUUAGUCCAGUUUGAUUUUAUUCGGCCUGAAAACCUGGAGAAGGCUGUGUUAGCACUGCUUCAUCUGUGCGUUAGUUCUAAAUCUGAACGCCAAGAUCUGCUAUAAUCAGCAAAGCGAGAUAUGUAUUAAUAAAUCGUGGGCAUGGAUUUGAACUUAGUCAGUUAUGCUUCCAAGAUGCUCACUUUUCUCAUUAGUAGGAUAAAUAGCUUUAGACAAACCUACCCAACUGUAUACCUUGUACAUAGUCGAGUAACCCACUCCCAUUGCCAGCCUGUGGACCUGAGAACACUGUAGAUUAUAGUGAGAAGCAACUUUCACAAAUAGUAUCUCUUCAGAAAUAAAUAAGACAGCCACUAAAGUCAGGGCAUCCAGGGCAAUCCAUGCGUAUUUGCAGCCACAGAAAAUGCACAUUUUCUUGUUCAUUGUGUAAUCUUCAGCUUCUUCUGUGAAGAAUAAUGCUUCCAACACGCGAGUGGAGUUGAUGUGCUUGUACCUUGGUCGUUGUGUGUUAUCACCAUUCCUGGCUGUACAUGUUGCCUCCUAUCAUUUUUUUUUUUAAAUACAGCAAAUAAAUCCAUCAAGUUAA